AAGAAACAGAUUUACUGUAUAAGAACAUAAGAACGAAGGAACACUGCAGCAGACCUACUGGCCCAUGCGAGGCAGGUCCAAGUCUCCUACCGGCUUAAGCCAAUGCACCCAACCUAGUCAGAAGAAUGGAAGACUACUUGCGGAUAGAGAAGCUUGGAGAAGGUACUUAUGGAGUGGUAUACAAAGCUAAGAACAAGAAGACAGGCAAGUUUGUGGCCAUGAAAAAAAUCAGAUUAGAAAAUGAGGAGGAAGGUGUUCCAUCUACUGCUAUUCGAGAAAUAUCCUUAUUGAAAGAGCUUCAGCAUCCCAACAUUGUUUUGUUGGAGGAUGUUCUAAUGCAAGAGAGUAAACUUUUCCUUGUAUUUGAGUUCCUCAAUAUGGACCUAAAGAAGUAUGUUGACUCUUUUGAGUCUGGCAAGUACCUGGACAGAAAACUUGUAAAAUCUUACUGUUAUCAGCUGUUUCAGGGUAUCCUCUAUUGUCAUCAGCGGCGAGUUUUACAUAGAGAUCUCAAGCCUCAGAACCUUCUUAUCAAUGAGCAAGGAGUCAUCAAAAUUGCUGACUUUGGAUUGGCUAGAGCUUUUGGCAUCCCUAUUAGGGUUUACACUCAUGAGGUUGUUACUUUAUGGUACCGAGCACCAGAGGUCCUCCUGGGCUCUUCUCGUUACUCCUGCCCAGUGGAUGUCUGGUCUUUGGGUUGCAUAUUUGCUGAGAUGGUGACAAAACGCCCUCUUUUCCAUGGAGAUUCUGAAAUCGACCAGCUUUUCAGAAUAUUCCGGACUCUAACAACUCCUACAGAAGAUAACUGGCCAGGUGUGACUCAGCUGCAGGAUUACAAGGCCAAUUUUCCCAAGUGGACAGAUUAUAAUCUAGCAAAUUCAGUUAAACAGAUGGAUGCUAGUGGCUUAGAUUUGUUGUCUAAAACCUUGAUAUAUGACCCAACACAAAGGAUCUCUGCAAAAGAAGCCUUGAAGCACCCAUACUUUGACGACCUUGACAAGUCUGCUCUUCCUGCUAAAAACUGAGUCAAUGGGUGACUGGUGACUGCUCAGUAAAUCAACAGCUUUCGAGUUGGUACUUCUUGGUCUUUACAUAUGCUUAUUUCUUAUGUGAAUAUAUAUUUCUAAUAGGUGCAGUGUGUCUUUAGUUUAUUUCCGUUAGAUAAAUUUAAAGAUUAAAGGACUUGUAUAUAUGUCUGUGUGUAAUGAAGAUGGGAAGUUCACAACUAUCCCACAAGUUGGAGAGGACACUUUAGAAGUUGUUUGUCUGUUAUGGACCAUUAUCAUGUAGCAAGUGAUAGUGGCCAAGGGUGGACUGAAACAACGCACAACGUGGAGUUUUCUCUCAGUUGUGUGUUAGUUAUGAACUGUUGGAACCGUGGUAUUGUGACACUCUUCUAAGUUUGGAUCUGCUUAUUUUUUAAUAAAAACUUUAAUGUAUGACUGUAGCUAGGACUUGAUAAACUUCUUUGGUUAUUAAACCUUCCGGUCUAGCAAAUUUUGGGAUGUUGCUCCUUGCAGGUCAAUUUUAAUGUUAAUUACAAUGUCAUAUUGUAAUAUGUUUUCACCUUAAUUGCAGCGUAACUUUUUCAAUUUCAAAGUUAACAUUACUGUGUUUACAUGCUGUAAUUUCUUCCUUUUAAUUGAUACAUUUAAAGCAGGAUUCAGGAAUGAAUAUUUCUUUGGGUAGUACCAACUUUAAGUAAAAGUUGCAGCUAUUGUAAAACCAUAAUCUUCAUUGCAUAUCUAUCUUUCUUAAUAGUAACUUUUGUAACCAAUUAUAAAUUAUAAAUUUGUGAAAGUGAA